AUGGCGUAUUGUCGUGGAAAAAAGAUGGCACCACCUCUUAGCAACGACGCCACUAUCGUCGCUGCUGACUCACGCCUGACUAUUCUGAACCCGUCUGUUGGCGAAUACAACCUACAAAUCGAUGAUGUCAGCGUAAAUGACGUAGGAAGUUACGUGUGUUUCGUGUCUGAGGAUACCGCAAUUGGGGAUUCGUCAAUUCAAAGUAAUCCCGCGAAUUUGAUAAUGCAGGAUGCUGCUGUUCAAAAUAUGACUAGCGUUCCUGAAGAUACAGAGACGAUCACAGGGUUGGAAGUUUCACUCGAAUGUUCCGUGUUCCAUAAAGAAGGCAAUGUCAUUUGGUCUAAAGAUGGUGUCGAUAUUAGCAACGAUGUGUUCAUUACAAAUGGCGAUUCUCAACUAUCAAUUGUUGGUGAUCAAUCAGCUGGAGAGUAUUAUCUAAGAAUUAGUAGUGCAGCUCUAUCAGAUACAGGCGUGUAUCAGUGCAGAGUAACACCAGCUGAUAACAGUGAAGAAAUUAUAUCACCACAGGCCAUAUUAACAGUGGAAGAACCACAAUCGUUUAUCGUAGAACCAGUUGAAGAAGUGGCAGUAGAAGGUGACGUCAUAGUCUUGACAUGUUCUGUAGAAAACAAGCACGGAACGCUGCAUUGGAAGAAAGACGGCGCCAUUUUAACUGAAGAUAUGCAAAUAACUGCCAACGAUCCAAGUCUCAGUGUAGUGACGUCACAGCCAGGAAGAGAGUACAACUUGCAAAUCAAUGCCCUCAGCAUGGAGCAUAUGGGAGAGUAUUUGUGUCAUGUAACUAGCGCAGCCAAUGGAGACGUUGCGAUUGACAGUGAUUCAGUGAAAUUAACAGUGUAUGAUGCAGCUGUUCAAGAUUUUACCACUGUUCCUGUGGACACCAACAUCGUGGCGGGGAAAUCAGUUAUGCUUGAUUGCGUAGUCAGUAAUAAGGAAGGUGAUGUAAUCUGGUCCAAAGAUGGUGUUGAUAUUACUAAAGAUGGGACAGUCAUCAACGGCGAUGCCCGAUACAGCAUUGCGGGUGACGCGACAAAUGGUCAUUAUAACCUGCAGAUAGACGACGCUGAGGUCACUGAUACUGGUGAAUUCCAAUGCCGUGCAACUGCAGCAGAUAACAGUGAUGAAAUUAGUACGCCCAAAAUAGAUUUGGUAGUAGACGAUCCUCAGACAUUUAUUGAAAAACCAGAUGAUGCCACUAUCACAGAAGGCGAAACAGUAAUAUUUAAUUGCUCUGUGAGUAAUAAACAUGGCACUCUACACUGGAAGAAGGACAGAAACACCAUCAGUACUGACAUGACUAUCGAUGUUAAUGACCCCAAUAUAGCCAUUGUUUCUGAUAAUCCGGGGGUUACAUAUAAUCUAAAGAUGAAGAAUGUUAUUCCUGAUGAUGCAGGAGUGUAUGUGUGCUACGUCACAGAGGCAACUAAUGGCGACUCUUCUAUUGAAAGCCAGGCUGCAACACUAACUGUGUUUGAUCUUGCUAUACAACAGCUUGGGACAACACCAUCAGACUUGGACUUGGAGGUUGUUGAAGGAAGUACUGUGGUACUACAGUUUUCUGUGCAGCACAAAGAGGGAUUUGUUAUUUGGUCAAAAGAUGGUGCGGAUAUAUCCAAUGAUGUCACUAUUCUCAAUGGAGAUCCACGCCUAAGUAUGGUCGGUGAUCACACGUCUGGUGAAUAUAAUCUGCAGAUUACUGAUCUUUCUGCAGAAGAUUCAGGCAGUUAUCAGGCCCGGGUAACAUCAGCAGAUAAUAGUCCAGAAAUUCAUGCUGAAGCAUACACUUUAAGUGUUGAAGCAAGUCAAUCAUUCACCACAGAACCAAGUGAUAUUGGAGAAGUUGAAGGGGAAACAAUUACGUUACCAUGUUCCGUUAGUAACAAACAUGGCAGUUUGUCAUGGAAGAAAGAUGGUGUUGUCAUCAGUAACGAUGGUGUCAUAUCAGUUUCCGAUCCUCGUCUCAGCAUAGUGAGUCCAGCACUUGGAAGCGAUUACAACCUACGGAUUGACAAUAUCAAUCUCGGUGAUGACGGAGAAUACACAUGUUAUGUGUCCGAAGCUGAUAAUGGUGACGCUGCAAUUGAAAGUGGUAUUGCAAAGCUGACUGUUUAUGAUUCUGAAGUACAAAACUUCACAACCGUUCCCAGUGAUGUCAUCUUAGAAGUUGGUGAAACAGUUCUGCUCACAUGUACAGUGUACCACAAAGAAGGCACACUUAUAUGGUCCAGAAAUGGAGAAGAUAUCAGUAAUGAUGUUACCAUAACGACCGAUGAUAACAAUUAUUCUAUUAUCGGAGAUCAUGAUAGUGGGGAAUAUAAUUUACAAAUCACUAAUGCACAGCCAGUCGACUCUGGGCAGUAUGAAUGCUGGGUGACAGAGGGUGACAACAGUGACCAGAUUCGAAGUGGAGAGGUGUCUGUUAGCAUCAGGGGACCCGACUCGCCACUUAGAGGAUACCCUAAGUGCACAUCAAGCACAGAAGAUAAACUUAUUCUCGGGGAAACACUCAUCUUAGUAUGUGAAUCUAUUGGAGGCAAUCCAGCAGCGAAUUUACGUUGGGUCCAAGAUGGCAUGAUACAAGAAGGUAUCGCUAUGGAUACGAACACAGAAGUGCGUCUGAGUUUGGUGCUGACUGUAACAGAAGACUUACUGGGGACAGAGUUCAUCUGCCAAUCAAAUCAUCCAACAUUUUAUAUUCCAGAGACAUGCAGUAUUGGUCCAUUGGAUAUUGACAUUUCUCAGACACAGGUUGUCCUGUUUUCAAAAGACACUGACAAAACUACUAAAGAAGGAGCCAACAUGGUUAUGGAAUGCACUGCCCUGAAUAAAGCAGGCACUCUCCAUUGGAUUAAAGAUGGACAGAUGAUCAGCAGCGACACUGUCAUGGAAACGGGACAGUAUGACGCCAACAGGUAUUCCAUCCGUGGCGAUCAGUCUGUUGGUGAAUACUUCCUAAACAUCGACGAUGUCAGAAAUUCAGAUGCUGGAACUUACUACUGUUUGUUGUCGUCAAACGAAGACGGAAUGCCGAUGAUGUCAUCGAAAGCAAUCAACUUCCAUAUAGACGAUGCCAUUCCACCAAAUAUUAACUUUCCGCAAUGUACAAUAUCCAGUGAUUACGUCAUUGAUGGAGAUACGGUGUUAUUGACAUGUAUUACUAAGGGUGGUGACCCUCCAGCAACUUUACAAUGGGAUCAAGAUGGUCAGAAUCGUGAAGGCAUUUACAUAGAUGAAUCAAUAGUGGGGUUACAAAUCAACGCUAGUGCCGAAGUUAAUGGAAAUACAUUCACGUGCACAUCAAGUCAUUCAACAUUUGAGAAUCCGCGAACAUGUGUUAUUGAGCUCAGAGUUGAAAGUCGACCAACAGAUACUGGCACUUCAGUCGGAUUUUGGAUAACCCUAAUAUUUUUGAUAAUAGCACUAAUUGUGAUACUUUUGAUACUGUUUUUCUGUGUAUAUAAAAGGCGGGAAGACGAAAAAGAAUAUAAUCAACAAGGUUACAAAAGAAACAAUGACAUCGAGUCAAGUUUAGCGUCAUUACCUUCGAGAGAUGAGCUGUAUACUCAUACUGGUAAACCUACGGGAGACGGGUUGUACAUUAACCGACCUGUCAUAAAUACUGACUUCACGGACGUCCCGGCGGAUGCCAUGAAUGUGGGAGCCGGGGUAUCACAGACCGUGGAAAAUAAACCUGUACAAAUCCGAGAAAAACGUAAGACGGACGAGGCGACUAAAAAGCCAAAAAAGAAGAAGAAACCAAGAAGAAAUCAAAAAGAACUGAACGCUAUGCAAUAGAUACAGAAGACACAAUUGAUAAGCUAGAGCGACGUAGCAAACACAAGAAGAAGGAUAAGUAUGAAAUACACCCUCCGAGUAGAAGUAAUUAUGCCCGAGCAGAAUCCGAAAGUGAAAUGACUUUUCCUUCUUACAAUGAAACCCACGAUUCCGGACGGCAUCACUACGGAUUCUCCAACGGAGGCGUACACAAACAUCGACGAUUUCUGACGUCAACGCCCAACCAAAUGGGGUAUCUUAAUACAGGCUAUUCGCCGCUCAUGCUACGACCUAUGCAAAGAAAACCAAUUAGGGUAACUCCUUCGCCAGUCGAUGGUGGGUUAAUAGGACAAUUUCCGCAACCAAUGUUAAUGAGUUAUACCCAUCCAGAAUCUGUGUCAAAUGUCCUAUCAGGAACGUCUGACAGAAAUGAACACAUUAAGAUGUUGCGGGAGCAGCUUAGGCAGUCUCGUACUUGAACCAAGCAAACAAAGUCUUUAACUUGCUCUCCAAUAGUGCAUACAUGGUCAUAUAUAUCACUCAUUUUUCAAAUUAACGAUAUAUUGUAUACAUAUAUAUUUUAUCUAAUGACAGAAAUCUCGUUUGAGCCAUUAAAACAAAUAUUUCAGGAAUAAUUUUCGGGAAUAAUAAUUUGUUUGUAUAAAUGUUUAAGAAAAUAAUGCAGCUCCAUUACAAUUUUGCAAAUCACUAGCACCUAGUUUAUAGAAUUUAAAUGCCACAUUUAUGCUUUAAACAGUUCAUCAAUGUAUCUAAUUUGAUAUCACGUCCGCACAUU